CCCGCCGGCCCCGCCGGGCCUCCCCUCAGCGCUGCCCGCCUUUCCCAGACAAGAGGCUGUGGGGCCGGCGGCGCGCCUCUGUUUCGCCUCGGCUCCCUUCUCCCGCUCGCUGGGCUGGAAGAUGGCGGCGGAGGAGGCUGCGGAGGCGGCUGCGGAGGCCUCGCUGGCGCGGCUGUCCCCAGAGCCGGGACGGGAGGAGGGCGAGGAGGGGAACCCCGAAAGCGGCGACGAGGAUGGGAACCCCGAAAGCGGCGGCGAGGAGACCGCACCGCUCAACGGCAUGGUUGUCUCUGGAAAAGUGAAAAGCAACAACCUGGAUGUGAAAGUUACUGAGUCAGAGUUGGAAACUGAAGAAAAAGGAACGGAGGAAGAAUCCACAAGGGAAUCCGAUAGCAACAUUCUGGAUGUGUCAUCUGAUUAUCCAAGAGAGAAACAUAUUUCAAUUCAAAGACAUCUUGCUGAUCUAGAGAAACUAGCUGACCUGAAAGAAGGUGAGUUUACCAUGGCAGUGUCCCAGAACACAGAUCUUCAUGUUACAGAAGAAAAGAAGCCUUGUCCAUUGUGUCCUGAGGAGAAAUACAAAGCUUGCUAUAGUCAUAAACUCCAUCGUCACCUUCAGAAUUUGCACUGGAAAGUUUCUGUUGAAUUUGAAGGUUACCGAAUGUGCAUCUGUCACUUACCUUGUCGUCCAGUAAAACCAAACCUCGUUGGAGACCAGACUUUUUCAAAGAUGGGAGCCCAUUACCAUUGUAUCAUCUGUUCAGCAACUAUCGCACGAAGAACUGACAUGAUAGGUCAUAUUAAUCGUCAUGUGAAUAAAGGAGAAACUGAAUCAAGGUUUAUUAUAGUUCCUGCUCCCAUGUCUUCUCGUGAAGUGCUGAAAGAGUCUGCCACAGAAGUGCGGGUUCUUCCAAACUACUCCACACCUCAGAAAACAGAUUCCUACUUCAAUCCCAAAAUGAAACUCAACAGGCAGUUGAUACUCUGCGCACUAGCCGUUCUAGCUGAGGAACGUAAACCGAUAGAAUGUUUGGAUGCUUUUGGUGCCACUGGUAUAAUGGGAUUACAGUGGGCAAAGCACCUCAGAAGUUCUGUGAAAGUUACAAUUAAUGAUUGUAACGAAAAUUCUGUGACAAUGAUUCAGGAAAACUGCCAUUUAAACAAAAUGAAGGUGAAACUGAACACUAAGGAAGAAGAAAAUGAUGAAGCUACGGGAGAUGGACAAGAAAGUACUGACACCAUUGAGGUGACAAAAAUGGAUGCCAAUGUUCUAAUGCAUUUGAGAUCAUUUGAUUUUAUCCAUCUGGACCCCUUUGGAACUUCUGUGAAUUAUCUGGAUUCUGCCUUUACCAAUGUGAGAAAUUUUGGAAUUGUGUCAUUGACCUCCACAGACAUCAGUUCUCUGUAUGCAAAGGCUCAACAUGUUGCCCUGCGUCAUUAUGGGUGUAAUAUUGUCAGAACAGAGUACUACAAGGAACUGGCAGCCAGAAUAGUAAUUGCUGCUGUGACAAGAGCUGCAGCUCGCUGUAACAAAGGCAUUGAUGUUUUACUCUCGGUAGCUCUAGAACAUUUUGUUCUAGUUGUGGUCAGAGUUUUAAGGGGACCAACCCCUGCGGAUGAUUCAGCAAAGAAAGUGAGAUACCUCAUCCAUUGCCAGUGGUGUGAAGAGAGAAUUUUUCAGAAAGAGGGUAAUAUGGUGGAAGAAAACCCCUACCAGCAGCUGCCCUGUGAUUGUCACGGCAGCAUGCCUGGGAAGACGGCAGUGGUGCUCGGCCCUCUCUGGUCAGGAGCCCUCUUCAACACUGGGUUCCUCAGGAGAAUGGUUUUUGAGGCUGCCCAUUAUGGUUUGGAUGAAGCUCAGUCACUUUUGAAGACGUUAGUUUGCGAAGCUGAGUGCACAACCUUAAAACAUUAUUCUACUUGCAGUUCUUAUGAUGAGAACAAACAAGAAGAGUGUGGCGUAUAUAUUAAAACCCCAAAUACUUCUGCAGAAUUCUACUUGCUACAUGGAAAAAGAAAAACCGAUGAAGUGAUUCCAAAUGCAGCCAAGCGACAAAAAUCGGAGAGCAGUGCUGAGCACCCUGCGUUUUACUACAAUGUCCACAGACACAGUAUCAAAGGAAUGAACAUGCCAAAGUUGAAUAAGUUCUUAAACUAUCUCUGUGAAGCUGGAUACAGGGUAAGCAGAACCCACUUCGAUCCCAUGGGAGUGCGCACGAACGCGCCGCUGGCGCAAUUCAAGACUAUCCUAAUGAAGUACAGCACCCCCACGUACACGGGGGGGCAGGCCGAAGGGCCCUUCCACCUGCCCGAAGGUGUCCAGGCGGGGGAGCAGGUUCAGGCUGCCGCAAACAGCAAGGCAGAAGAAGAGGCUGAGUUUCUGGAUUAUGAUAGAUCGGGAGUUGCUGCCACCAUUUUCACAACAGACUGCCCUACUUACUGUGCAGCCGAUUAAGGCGAAGCGUUUUGCUCGUAGAGGAGGAUUUUACAGACCGGCAAGCACACCCUCUUCAGGCAAGCCAGUGCUCCUUACCCAACUGGCUGUUGAAAAUUUGCGCUGCCCGCUGUUUUAAGUUGAGAUGCCUUUUUAGGAUUACGUAGCAGAACUUGCCCCUGAUCACAGCAUGUGUGGUCACGGCACUGUCGCUGCAGGCAGCUCUCCGAGCCAGUUCCUCACUUUUUACUCCCCAUCCCCUUUCACACGGCAGCACUGGGGCCGCCCUGAGUCUUUGUUAAAGCCUUACUGCUAGCACAGAACCCAGAGGGCUGGACGGGGCCAAGAGUCUUAAGCGGUUCUGAACACGAGGUUUAGAUGAAAGGGAAUAUUCCUCAAAUGAAUCAUUCCUAAAUCCUGCCUGGUUACAGUUCGGGGCGAGGCCGGGUGGAGGCGGGAACGUGGGAUCUGAGUUUCAGCAAGGCGGAGGGUCCUGGCUCCGUCCCUUCUCGCUCCAGAGCGCACGUGGACUUGGGCAGUGGGUUCUGGUUUCGUAGCUCUGCCUCUACGAGCCAGGGCCCAGCACCAGGGAGAUGGGAUGGGAACUGGCUCCAGGGCUGUCGCUGGAGCUCCCUCCAGCGCGCACGCCGCGGCGGGGUGUCCCCCCCCACCCUGUCCCGGGUAGGUGUUUGUUCAGAGAGCACAGCUGGCUGGGCACUGCCUGGGCGCAGCGACGAGGCGCCACACGUCGAGGGGCGAGGGGAGGUUUUGCUGUGACUUUGUCAGUGAUACAAUCUUAGCUGUCGCAGAGAUCUGUGAACAAAGCAGAGAUGCCGUGUGCUGGUGGUCGGUUCUGGUUUCCUUAAAUACAUGGCAGCAUUCCAGCCAAA